AUGAAGCCACUGGAGAAAUUUUUGAAGAAGCAGACGUCGCAGCUGGCGGGGCGAACGGUGGCGGGAGGUCCCGGCGGGGGUCCGGGGAGCUGCGGUGGGCCUGGCGGGGGCGGGGGACCCGGUGGGGGCAGCGGUCCAGCCGGGGGACUGCGGCCGCUGCAGCGGCGUCAGAGCGUGUCUCGCCUGCUGCUCCCCGCUUUCCUCCGGGAGCCCCCCGCCGAGCCGGGGCUGGAGCCGCCCCCUGAAGAGGAAGGGGGAGAGCCGGCGGGGGUCGCAGAGGAGCUCGGCAGCGGGGGGCCCUGUUGGCUGCAGCUUGAGGAGGUGCCAGGGACCGGGCCUCUCGGGGGAGGGGGACCCCUGCGCUCGCCUUCCUCGUACUCCUCUGACGAGCUGUCCCCCGGCGAGCCCCUGACUUCCCCGCCCUGGGCCCCCCUGGGCGCCCCCGAGCGGCCGGAGCAUCUUCUGAACCGGGUUCUGGAGCGGCUCGCUGGAGGGGCCACCAGGGACAGCGCCGCCUCAGAUAUCCUGCUGGAUGACAUCGUCCUCACCCAUUCUCUCUUCCUCCCCACGGAGAAAUUUCUGCAGGAGCUACACCAGUACUUUGUUUGGGCAGGAGGCAUGGAGGGCCCCGAGGGGCUGGGUCGGAAGCAAGCCUGUCUAGCCAUGCUCCUUCAUUUCCUGGACACCUACCAGGGGCUGCUGCAGGAGGAAGAGGGGGCCGGCCGCAUCAUCAAGGAUCUGUACCUGCUGAUUAUGAAGGAUGAGUCCCUUUACCAGGACCUUCGAGAGGACACACUGAGGCUGCACCAGCUUGUGGAAACAGUGGAGCUAAAGGUAGCACAAAGCACGGCCUCCAGUGGCUUCCUUGUCUGUUGUCCCAUCCGUUUCUUUGUUGAUCCAGUGGUGUACUGGUACCUAUUUAACAACCAGCACAUCAGGGUCAAAAAAGCCCUGAUUUACUCUUGUCUGCAGACCCGAGUGGCCUUCCGGGGCUCUGAUGAGAUCUUCUGCCGGGUCUACAUGCCUGACCACUCUUACGUGACCAUACGCAGCCGCCUCUCAGCGUCAGUGCAGGACAUUCUGGGUUCUGUGACAGAGAAAUUGCAGUACUCAGAGGAGCCUGCAGGGCGCGAGGACUCGCUCAUCCUGGUAGCUGUGGCUUCCUCCGGAGAGAAGGUCCUUCUCCAGCCGACUGAAGACUGUGUCUUCACCACGCUGGGCAUCAACAGUCACCUGUUUGCCUGCACCCGCGACAGCUAUGAGGCGCUGAUGCCCCUCCCCGAGGAGAUCCAGGUCUCCCCUGGAGACACAGAGAUCCACCGAGUGGAGCCUGAGGACGUCGCCAACCACCUUACUGCCUUCCACUGGGAGCUGUUUCGAUGUGUGCACGAGCUGGAAUUCGUGGACUACGUGUUCCACGGAGAGCGCGGCCGCCGGGAGACGGCCAACCUGGAGCUGCUGCUGCAGCGCUGCAGCGAGGUCACGCACUGGGUGGCCACCGAGGUGUUGCUGUGCGAGGCCCCGGGCAAGCGCGCGCAGCUGCUGAAGAAGUUCCUCAAGAUCGCGGCCAUCUGCAAGCAGAACCAGGACCUGCUGUCCUUCUACGCCGUGGUCAUGGGGCUGGACAACGCCGCUGUCAGCCGCCUGCGGCUCACCUGGGAGAAGCUGCCCGGGAAAUUCAAGAAUUUGUUCCGCAAAUUUGAGAACCUGACAGACCCCUGCAGGAACCACAAAAGCUACCGAGAAGUCAUCUCCAAGAUGAAACCUCCUGUGAUUCCCUUUGUGCCUCUGAUCCUCAAAGACCUGACUUUCCUGCAUGAGGGGAGUAAGACUCUUGUUGAUGGUUUGGUGAACAUUGAGAAGCUGCAUUCAGUGGCUGAAAAGGUGAGGACAAUCCGCAAAUACCGGAGCCGGCCCCUUUGCCUGGAUAUGGAGGCAUCCCCCCAUCACCUCCAGACCAAGGCCUAUGUGCGCCAGUUCCAGGUCAUCGACAACCAGAACCUCCUCUUCGAGCUCUCCUACAAGCUGGAGGCUAAUAGUCAGUGA